AACGGAAGGUAUUUGGGCAAAAUGAACAUCAGAUGUUGAUGCCUACCUGAAAUGUGCACGAGGACAAGGAAACUUUUCAACCUUUGGGGUGUUGCUAAGAUGCCCAACCAACUCUAUCUCCUCUCUCUCUUUAUUAUUUCCUUGUUCAUGCGUUUUUUUAUUUUUAUUUUUUGGACAUCUUGCACCGUUUGCUUUCGCCUUCACUACAGAUGCCCAAAUCACAUUUAUUAUUUGGCGUGCCUGAUUGUGUUAGCGUUCUUGAAGAUUGAGCGCCUCUUUCGAAAAAUGGGUAGAUGUGCGUAAAGUCGACAAACGGUUUUAGCCUGCGCCUUUUCUUUUAAUCUUCCUUCUCUUUCUGGUUGAAUUGGCCUCAUAGAUUGCAUCAUAUAACCAGGCAAGACG